UUAUAUUCUAAUCUUCAGUCACUCUCUAAUAGCUGAACUAAAAACACCUGUCUCCCGUACACUACACACACGGAAGAAUUUUUUUUUUUACAGAAUUCCCUUAGAACCUCAGGAUGGGAGGGACUUUCGGCAAGAGCGGGUCUUGGGUGGUGGACCACACGAUGGAUGACAUCCAGCUCACGCCCUUUGGGAGGGACAAAAUGGCCCAUGGUUCCGUCAUCACCGGAUUCGAGGACACAGAGUCGCCAACAUACGAGGACGGGAAGGAAUUGACUGAAACCCCGCUGGAGAAGAGAGGCAGGAAACGUUCACACUGGAUAGCAUAUACAACGGUGUUUAUCAUGUCCAUAGGCUUUUCUAUAGUGUUGACCAGCGUGUGGCCUUAUUUGAAAACGCUGAACGAGAAUCUCGAGAAGAAUGCUUUAGGCUUUGUGGUGGCGGCUAAUCCCUUGGGACAGAUGUUGGCUUCACCUCUUCUCGGACUGUGGGGUAAUAAAGCCGGCAAAAUCAGAGGAGCAUGUCUCGUUACUGUGGCUUUCUUCAUUCUGGGCAACGUGAUGUACUCACUGCUGGCCUUGUUCGAGGGCUUGGGAGAAAUGGCUACCUACGACGCCAUGAUUGUUGCUCGCUUCAUCGUCGGAAUGAGUUCAGCAAACAUAACGCUCUGCAGAUCCUACCUUGCCCAGUCCACUACAAUACAAGAGCGAACCUCCAGCAUUGCUAUUUUAGCCGGCGCCCAGGCUCUUGGAUUCGUCAUUGGUCCAGCCAUUCAAACGCUCCUCAUCAUUAUUAUACCGGUGGAGGUGGACACUGGCAUCUGGUGGUUGAAAUGGAACGAAUACUCAGCAGCUGGUUGGGUGGCAGCUAUUCUUGGCCUUAUCAAUCUAGUCUUGCUCAUGCCAUAUAUCUUUAAGGAGCACAACAUCGCCAAGAAGGAAAUGGCCAUCUUGAAGCAAGAAAGCAGCAAGGAUGAGAUCUUAAAGCUGCCCAAAUUAGACCCCAUUGGUCUCACAGGACUCCUCUUCGGUUUCUUCAUCGGUAUUUUCAUCUAUGUGCUCAUUGAGACCCUCGCCGUGCCCUUCGUCAGCGACCAAUAUGCAUGGUCCGAUAACCAAGCGCAGGUGGUAGUUGGCGUGGCCCUCAUGGUUGGUGGGCUGCUCGCUUCUGUGGUCUUUCCCUUCAGUGGCUUCCUAUCACGAAAGUUUGAUGAGAGAAAAGUGUUGUUGUUCGGUGGGUUUAUUCCCAUGAUUAUGGGUAUGUUGCUCUUCCUGCCGUAUCCUGGCAAGCAAAUUCCUCUGCAGAACUGCACGUCUACUGUCACCUCGUCGUUGACCACCUGGGAGUCAUCUGCAUCGCCCAAUGUUAAUAGCUCUUGGGAGAUCGUUCCCUCUGAUGAUCUUUUAAUUGAAGACCAAUACGUGCCACCGUCCAAUCACUUUCUUAUUUAUCAACAACUGUCACUGACUUCUGCCACAGCUGGUGAAACCGACGAAGACUGCACCCUAGGCUGUCCUGCAGUGCAGAAGUGGUGUGAGUACGUGCCACAGCUCCCCAUGGCACAAUUGGCUGUGUCCUUCCUUUUCGUCAUGUUCGGUUAUCCCAUCGAAGUGUCCAUUUCUCAAGGCCUUUUCUCAAAAAUGUUGGGGCCAAAGCCUCAGGGUGUGUGGAUGGGAGUUCUCACCGGCAUGGGUAGCCUUGGCCGCAUCUUGGGUCCCAUUUUUGUUUCGUACAUCUACACUAACUUAGGCACUUACUGGUGCUUUGGUACGCUAUCGGUAUGCAUGGUACUGGCGUUCUUCGUCAUAACAGCGAUAUACCCGCGCCUCGUGCCCAUGAAGAUACCCGUAUCUAAAACACAGCAUGCCUACGACGGCCCGGCCGCCAUAACUCAAUCCAACGGGACUGAGCUUCCCAAAGAGUCGCAUUUAGUAUAGAUACCUA